GCCACAUUUCUGCCCGUGCAGACCCCAUUUUGGACUAUGCAACCAUCAGCAGGAGAGUCUCAGUGCCUGUCAUCAUUUGCAUCAUCCUGGGGCUCCUUAUUUGCCUACUCCUGGCCCUCCUGGCAAGGCAGAUGCAAAGUGCCAGAGCUCGGCACAGAGACUCCAGGAGAUCUGGGGAGCCCUUCUCUGAAGCUGUGUACGAGGAGAUUGAGUACAGCCCAAUGAGGGAGAAGAAAAUGAGAUUCAGUUUCUCAGACAUCCCUGUUCUGCCUGGUGAUUCCCCAGUGGAAGGCUAUGAUGAUGCCAGGGAGGUUUCUGACCCUGGAGAGCAUCCUGUCCCAGGGCAGGGAGACUGGCAAGUGCCUAGGGCACAGGAGGACAGAGAGGGACCCAGGGAUGCUGCCAGAGGAGAGAAUCUGCACUCCUGGAGAAGUGCCGGAGUCCCUGAAGUUAAUGGAGACACCUCACCUCUGUCCCUUGGGAGCACGGGCUAUGAUGAUGCUGAUGAGAUGUCUCUGUCAUAACCCCAUUGGACACAAAGGCUGUGACACCAGAGCGCUAGGAUGCCUGAGCUCUGGGACAAGAGACUCUGUCCCUGCCAUGAAGUUGGGUGUAGACACAAAGGAGAGGUCAGUGCCACUGAGAGAGCCGUGAGUGCCAGGGGCUCUUUUCACAGAGGCAUCAGAAACAGCCAUGCAAUUCCUCCAAGUUUUAUUCCUCUGCUUUUAUGUUGUGCAUUGCUACUGGUUCCUAUUAAAACACUGUGAGAGCUUUGACCCAGAGCUUUUGCUUGCCCGCCCAUAUUUUGGGACAUCUCUCUGAGGCUGACUGGAUAAGCAGAGCACAAGGGCACAGUGUUGGGCUGGGGCACUUCUUGGGGACAGUGGGCUUGGGCUCAGGGCCAUGGUGCCUGGGAAGUACUCCUGAUGAAUCUACACCAACCAGGGCAGCCAAUGUGACCCUCUGCAAAGUCCCAUGAUGUUCCCCAGUAGGAGAGACUGACUCCUGCUGCCUUGGAGCCUGUGGACUCCAAGCACUCCAAGAAUGGGAAGAUCUUUCCUUCUACAUUGCUGGAAGCAGAGGACAGA